GAUUAUGGUCAAACCUCCAAAUUUCUCUCUUCCGAUUCUCUCUCUCUUUUAUGUUCACUGUUUUGGUGGAGCCAUCGUUGCGUUUCAAUCACCAUCCUCCGUCAGAAUGACCCUUUUCCUCCUUUGUGCAUCAGGAAUCACCCUCCUCAGAUGAAACUUGCCAACCUCCACUCCCAACUAGGGGAGGCUGUUUCCUUGAUAGAAGAAUCCCCUGAAAAGGGAGGGUGGGGGGAGAGGGAGGAGAAGGGGAGAGGAGGAGCUAUUGACGACGGCCUCCUUAUAGAGGAAUUAAGGGAGAAGUAUUCUCAAGGAGUUGGGAGAUUCCUGGAACUCGAACUGAGCGAUGGAAGCGGUAUGGAUGGAGUUCCUCAAGGGAAUGGUGAAACCAGUGGCCGCCACCACGGUGGUCCUCAUGGCAGUGGUUCUAUCUUUUAUUCAGAAACUGGACCUCGAGAAGGAGAUGAUAUAUUCCAUUGCUCGGGCGUUCCUCCAGCUCUCUGUCAUUGGCUUCGUCCUCCAAUUCAUCUUCAGUCAGAAGAAUAGCGGUUGGAUCGUCCUGGCUUACCUUUUCAUGGUUUCUGUUGCUGGUUAUACAGCAGGUCAACGGGCUAAACAUGUUCCUCAUGGGAAAUAUAUUGCUGCAACAUCCAUUUUAGUUGGAACCUCCAUAACCAUGUUCUUGCUUGUCGUAUUAAAUGUUUUCCCAUUCACGCCGCGGUACAUCAUUCCUGUUGCUGGGAUGAUGGUUGGGAAUUCGAUGACUGUGACUGGGGUUGCUAUGAAGCGGCUUAGAGAUGAUGUCAAGACACAAAAGAACCUGGUAGAGACAGCAUUGGCACUUGGUGCAACACCACGUCAGGCAACACUACAGCAGGUGAAGCGGGCCUUGAUUUUAGCUCUUUCGCCAGUACUGGAUAAUGCAAAGACUGUGGGGCUAAUCUCCCUUCCCGGUGCGAUGACUGGUCUCAUUAUGGGAGGGGCUUCACCUCUAGAAGCGAUUCAGUUGCAAAUAGUUGUAAUGAACAUGCUUAUUGGGGCAUCUACGGUCAGCAGUAUCAUGUCCACGUAUCUAUGUUGGCCUGCCUUUUUCACCAAAGGUUACCAGUUGCAAACCAAAGUCUUUGCAGCAGAGUAGAAGCUUGUAUUUUGCCCUUAACAUGGAUCUCUCCCGUGCCCCGCUAGGAACCAUCAAAGGAAAUAACUUUCAGCAGCUUGAUUUGCAGUUCACGAUGCAUAUUGUCUGUUCCAGAGUGCUUUUUAGUAGCUUUUUAACAUAUUCAUGUUAGUAAAUGUACCUUGGUACGAUGGUGUAGCCUCUCCUUGUAGAUCUUAAUUAAUUUCAAUUUUUGGAGCAA